GGGGCAUCUAUUGAAUAUGCAAUUGUCCACUUAAAGGUGGAGAAUAUUUUGGUGAUGGGACACAGCUGCUGUGGAGGUAUAAAAGGACUCAUGUCUAUCCCUGAUGAUGGGUCCAUAGACAGUGAUUUCAUCGAAGAAUGGGUCAAAAUCUGUUCGAUAUCAAAGGCAAAGGUAAAGAGAGAACAUGGCGACAAGGAUUUUACUGAACAAUGUACAAUAUUGGAGAAGGAGGCAGUAAAUGAAUCACUAGCCAACUUACUGACAUAUCCAUUUGUGAGGGAAGCUGUGAUGAACAAAAGCCUUGCUCUGAAAGGUGGACACUACGAUUUUGUGAAUGGUUCUUUUGAGCUCUGGGAUAUUGAUGAGUUCAACAUUAGCCAUUCUGGUUCACUCUAAUUCUUGCAAAACGGACACUUUUCAUGGAACCUACUGUCCACUACUGUUUCAAGUUUCUCUUUCGUUUGUAUUUCGAUGUAAUUGUAUUAUGGAACCACGUUUGUCCCCGACCCUCCUUAGACCAAUUUGUUGUUGUUGUUGUUUGUCAUCGAAAUA